UUUCUCCACUUCGGGACCACCAAAAUCACCACAGCUUUAGCUUUCCUGGCCUUGAUUUCCAAGGUGCUCAAUGCAGGUGACCAAUGAGGAGUUGGCCAACAAGGUCGCCGAGAUUACAGUACUGCGGAAUCGGAUGCAACAGAUGGAGCGGGAAAACCUGCGAUUGGAAAAUGAAUUGGCUCAAGCCAAGGAGAAGGGCACGCAGCCCAGCCAAAGAAGCAGGGAGAAGGUUGACCUGGAAAGGGCCAAUGAACAACUGCAGUAUCUGCGACAGGACUUGCUGAGUUCUGACGAUGAGCGAAAGCGACUGAAGCUGACCCUGCAAAGCCAAGAACAGGAAUUGCUGGUGCUGCGCCAGCGAGCGGAAGAAGCGAGGCCAGCUACACCAGCGGCUACGCCAGCGGCUGCGCCAGUGGCCGUGCCAGUGGCAGCGGUGGAAACAAGGCCUGCCCCAGCACCUGCUGCGCCGCCCGCCGCUGUGGUGCAACCGGCCACGGUAGCGCGAAGCGAGCCACAGGAUGAAGCCAAAGGUCGGCUGCUCCUUCAGGAGCUGGCACGCUGGGAAACUCUGGCAGAAGAGCCACGGGAUGCAUGGUAUCAACUCAAAGCCGCCGUGAGCCGCUUCCCUGGCGCCGCCGCCGCCGCCACGGCGACGGCCAAGGUGCUGCGCGGCGCCGCGCCGUCGUCGCGGCGCCAGGCAGCGCGCGUGGUGCGGAUGUGGCUGGGGCUGUUCCCCGGUCACGCCACCAUUUUGGCAACCGCCCCUCACGUCGCCGGGAUGACGGACGUCUUACGCGAUGUCUUUCACGCCUUCGCAGGCGGAGUGGAGAUGGACGGACGGUCCUUCGUGAAAUGCCUCAAGGACGCAGGGCUACUGGAUGAACGUUUGAAGACAGUUCAGGCUGACCUGAUCUUCGCCCGGCACAAGCCCAAGGGCUCUCGAAGGAUCAGCUACGAUCUCUUCAUCCAGGCUUUGACGGAAGUGGCCAUGAAGCGCGACCUUCUCCCAGAGGAGGCGGUGGACCGAGUCUGCCUGGCCCACGGCCCGGACUACGAGUCCGCGACCACGGCCUUCGAAGACGCGGCGGGGCCCGAGCGCUUCUUCUACGACAAGACGACCUACACAGGGAUGCACAAAUGCAGUUCUGCUUCGCAGCAGUUGGUGAUGAGGCCCAGCCGUUCCAGGGAUCUGCCCGAAAGUUGGGCCUCGCCUGAGGAUUAUGACCUGCCGAAGAGCGGCCCCGAGCGGUUCUACUACGAUCGCUCCACAUAUACAGGCACCCACAAGAACAAUGGCCCCAGCGCGGCCGGAAGCGGUGUCGGCAAGGAGGGUUACAGCGACCUCAGUGUGUUGGUUCGCCGCGAUGUGGUGCAGGACGAUGUGCUGCAACGUCGCCGCAGAAGCAAGACCAGCAAUUCUCCCAAUGGCAGUGGGAGC